UCCAGAGUGUGAGACCAGCCACUAUUGCAUACAAAACUGAAGGUGUGUUAGGUUUUUGUUCACCAGCCCAUACACACACUAUACGGGUCGGCUAGCUGUGUUCUUUGUGAAUGCCAAAACGUAUUCUUGUUAUUCCUCCAUGGUCUUUUUUAUAUUUGAAGAAAAGUCUGAUUUAGGAGCGACUGAUAAUCUCUAUUGUGAUGCUACAAAGUUCGGUCGGUCGCCGGAGUUAGCAUGAUGUGGAAGCGGUUGGAGAACUCGAAUUCAACGGGAGUGAGGUCGCGGUGGUAAUUGCUAUCAACUUUACAACGUGAAAUCAGCUUUCUCCCGAAGACGAUCAGAGCAUACUGAUCGAAACGUCAAGUUGAAACCAACGGUUCUUUUUUAGAACCACCUCAACUCAUUUUAGGUAUUGUCAUCACAUUGUGUUAUCGCAAGCCUUCACUAUUAUCGGUUUUCCACUAUGCAAAGUUUCAAAUCCUACUUAACGUGAAACUAAUUAUUUGAAGCUUGUUUAAGUUCAUGCUGGAUUUAUAAACACCAAGAGAAGACAAUGUCUGCGCUUACGGAAAACAGUUAUUUUCGAUUUAUGGUGCUGACUUUAGGCUAUGUUGCCUACUUGUGUGUCGGUGCCGGAGUUUUUGUCGCCUUCGAACAGCCAGUGGAGAGCGAAUACAAACGAAAGCUACAGGAUGAUACGGGCACAUUCCUUCACGAGAACCCUUGCGUGGACCCGGUGAAACUUCAGGGGUUCGUUGAGGAGGUUAUGACGGCGGGGAGCAAAGGGAUCAAGCUGGAACCUGAUGGCUCGUCCUUUACGGUCUGGAACUUUGCCUCGGCUGUCUUCUACAGUGUCACGCUUGUUACAACCGUCGGCUACGGGCACAUGACUCCCCUGUCCGAAGGAGCAAAGUACUUUACUUUAUUCUACGCCUUGAUCGGAAUCCCUUUUACCUUUUUAUUCCUUGGCAUGAUGGUAUCGCUAUGCAACCGACCAUCACAGCGUCUUCUCGAUUGGCUCAUUAAAAAACUACGAAAGAAAGAAAACAAACGCAGUCCCUCUGCCCAAGAGGACAAGUUCAACAAUCUUGGGAUCCACAUUGUUCACUUGAUCAUCAUCGCACUCAUCGUCUUCACGUUGUUCUUCGUCAUCCCGGCCGCCAUCUUUGACAAGUUGGAAAACACGUGGAACUUUCUUGAGAGUCUUUAUUUCGUGUUUAUCUCUAUUUCGACGAUUGGUUUAGGAGACUACGUGCCUGGGAACGAACCCUAUGACAGCCCGUAUGCAGACUACAGGAGUCUAUACUACUUGUGUUGUACAGCUUAUCUACUAAUAGGCGUCGGUUCACUUCUCCUUCUCUGCGAGACGGUGGUCAAGAUCCCACAGAUCAUGGGCGGCAUCUUCGCCAGUAUGGUCCCCAUGACUGACUCGUCAACAGCAGGCGACGACGACGACGACGACGACGACACAGGGUCCGAGAAAACUGACAUUACAAGCAUCCCCUUCUCCACGUACAAUAGUAUCAACUCAGACCAACCUCCACAAUAAUAUUCGAUCAUCUACUCAUCGUUAUUUAUUUUAUACCCUAAGUAUCUUUUAAAAUAACUUUCACUGCCUAAAAUAAAUAAUUAUGUACCUCCACCAUCACCUCAAAACAAUUUAUUGCCAAUACUUGCUGCAAUAUAAUGAUAAUGUGAAUAAACUCAAGUUUAAUAAAGCGCUUCUGAAAUCAUAAGAGUCAUCCAGUUUGAUGUGUUUGAAACAUUUUAAUAUAUUCACUAAUUUUAAUCCAUAGGCUUGUUUUAGUCCAUUGGCUGUAACGGUUUAGUUGAUUACACUAAAGCCGGCCUCAGGUAAAAAAAAAACCCAGUCAGGAUCACGCUGCGACUAAGCUAAGACCCUCGGGAACUUUUUAGUCGGCGAUUAUUUACGACCUGAGCGUAAUUGCAAUGAUUUCAAGACAAUCGGAAACAAUCGCCACUUGAAAAAAAUUAACAGUCGCAAGAGUAGAACAGUUUCAACUUGUACGACGUGAUCUUGACGGUCGGGAACCAAUCGCAGGCGCACCGUAUUGCUCAGCUGUUCUGACCUGGGCAUAUUUUGACUGCGCGUUGCCGACGGUUUGUUGCGGGCGCAAGAAAUCCGUAUAGGUCGACCUUAGGCCGGCUGUAUGCUUUGACACCCCUCUUCCUACACUCUGUAUUGUCUAACCCUUGCUCUAAUUACCCCCCAACCAAUAACAGUGUGUAAAUCACCGGGAAAUGGGUUUUUGGAACAUGGGGGUGUCGGAAUAUAUAGUUGUCAUCACUAAAAUUUAUUGAAUGUUUUUAAUUCAUUGACUCAUUCGUGUCAGUUGACUAAUAUCAAUUCAUUGACUAACUAGGUGCAGCUUACGCCAAUUGUCGGAAACUGAGAAGUCUCCUGAACCUCCGAUUAGCUACUCCGCGGCAGUAGAAUAAAGCAAGCAAGUAGAUACACACAUGGUGUUACCGCAAACCAAGUAUAUAUUGAUACCUCACCAUGCAAUGCCUCAAAUCCAAUAAACAAUUGCCGUUACCCUCUUGGGGUAGCGUCUGCUCCGGAGUAAAAGUUAAUGAAUCAAAAAAUGUCAUAUUUGAUGUUGUUAAAAUAAUGAACAAUAGUCAGCAACUCAUGAUUAUUUGUUAGUUUAAUGUGUAAGCCCUAGUACUUCCAAAAAAGCCAAUCUUCCAUUUUUGCGAUAAGUGUGGAUUACGUUGCUUCUUGCAGCUGUAUAAAGGAUUAUUAAAUAAUCAACCCAUGUAAAAUAUUAAAUUAAUGUUUAUGUGUUAUGAGGAACUUUAAAUAGUAUACCAUGUAUGCCAUUUUACAAUAUUUCAGAGUAAAAAUAUACACUUAUCUCAGAAUGAUCAAGAUUUUGGCCAUGUUAAACAUUAUUUUCACAAUCUUUUUGAUCAUACCAUUAAGAAACAUUUUGUACACUUAAUUGUUUUGUCUUUCUCCCGCUUUGUUGGUUGAAAGCGAUCUUGAGCAAAUAAAGUAGUCCUACCUAACCAUAG